CCAGGUAGGGAUGCGCUGGCCAAGGAGAAAGUAACAACCCCAUCCCAAACUUUCGCAGAUCUGAUGGUCCUGGAAGGGCAAGGCAACCAGGAGCAGCGGUGCCCCUCCCGAUGCGCACCCAGCGUGACUAGCUGUAGAGAGGAGGGGCCGCGCGCCCAUCAGGCUGGACGGUCCCCACGUUGCGCCCACCCUGCUGCCGAAACGCUGCUGCUCAGGGCACAGAGCGCGGGAUCACAGAGGCAGACACACCGUGCGACUCGAGACUGGCAGCAGGCUCCUUGGAAGGGACAUUCUACGUGCAUUGAGAAGGGAAAAGGGACACUGGACUUAACAGCUUCGCUCAGCCCAAUGAGGUGGCGGGGGGGUGGGGGACCUGCCCUUGGACGCGCCGGCGAGAGUCACUGUAGGCUUGGGAACUGAGCGAAGAGAAAUCUAAGGGUUUAGAGAAGUCGGAUUCAACAGAAAUGUCGAAAGAUAUCAAAGGUAGCCACCGGAGUCAGGAAGCUUAAUAACCGCCUGGUCACUGUGACCCCGGGAACGACAAGUGACUGACACGCGCGCAGACCAGGAGCUCGCCGGCAUCCGCGGGUCUGCAGGCCGGAGCCAUCUCCCCCGCGUGGGACGCGGGUGCAGACGCCCACGGCGGGGGCCAGAAAGCGACAUGCAGCGGGCAGCCUCCGGACUGUCCGGGCUGGGGAAACUCCUGGGCGGCGCGGCGCGACGGUGACCCGCGCGGGUGCGAGGGGUGUGCCCGGCCCCGCCCGCGCGCCCCUCCCCGCGGAGGCCGCUCAUCCAGGGGCGGCGCGGAGCCGAGCCGCUCGCCCAGCCGCCAGUGCCCGCGAGCGCCGCGCCUGCUCGGGGAAUCCACUUCGCUGCUGCUAGACGCUUCUCGCUCCCGCUUGCUCUCUCCCAGGCUGCUUCCCAUGGCUUUUGCUCUGCGGCCGGAGCCUAGCCACUAACCAAGAAACUUUUCCAGCUGUCUCUUCUCCCCACCCCCUUCCAGGAGAGGAUUAAAAGUUCCAAGAACUGGUGCCGCCAGUGCCACUUGGGUACUCGCCGGCGAGUUCCGAGUCUCAGCCAUGUGCACCAACAUAGUUUACGAGUGGCUGAAAGCGUUACAGCUCCCGCAGUACGCCGAGUCCUUCGUGGAUAAUGGCUACGAUGACCUGGAAGUGUGCAAGCAGAUCGGAGACCCGGACCUGGACGCCAUCGGGGUGCUGGCUCCCGCGCACCGCCGGCGCAUCCUGGAGGCUGUGCGCCGGCUGCGGGAACAGGACGCGGCCGCCGCCGGCCUCUACUUCACGCUCGAGCCUCAGCCGGUGCCACCCGCACCGCAGGUGGACGCGGUGCCCCCAGGCCGCCGGGGGGAGCCAUGUGGCGGCUCGGCCCAGGGUACUCGCGGGGACCCCCGUGGCCAGGCGAGCGCUCCCCGCAGCAGGGAGCUGGUGAGCUACCCCAAGCUGAAGCUGAAGAUCAUGAUCCGGGAUAAGCUGGUCCGCGAUGGCAUCCACCUGAGCAAGCCCCCGUACUCGCGCAAGGUAAGUGGUAUUUCUUCUUCGUUGCUUCGGGGAGUAUUGAUCUGUCGGGUAAGUGUUCGCUUUGUUGUGGGACCCGGUGUGGCUCCAAGGCUACAUGAGAAGCGCCUGUGAGAACGAAAACACGAAGUGGAAAACACGAGUUGCUUUGUAGUGGGCUGCUGGUGUGUGUUAAAUCUGUUUUAGAGGGAUUUUGGUUUUGGGGGAUCGUUGUCGGGAGCUGUCGCUCACUCGGUUCUUACUUCUGGAAGAAGGCCCAGCGGCUGAUUAAGUGUUGAUGAAAGUUGCCUUCCAGACAUUCUUUUUAAGUGGAUUUUCUUUUCUUAUUUUUCUGAACUUCUUUCUGCUGUCAUUGGACUUUUCUAAAUGUCUCCCAUCCCAAUUAUUAUAAAACCAUAAAACUCCAGAGGGAGGUGUUUUAUUUAAGGUUUUGCUACUUAUGGGAGCGUGUUGUUCUGCUGUAAUGGCUGUGUUCCUAUCACACUCUCUCUGUCAUCCUCUGGUCUCCUCCUCCCAUACACAAUGACUUUAUCUGUACAGUAUUGGGGGUCUAGAGGGACUACCCAUAAUCAUUAAGUUCUACUGUAUUACAACAUUUCUAUUAAGCUACAAAAUCCGGUAUGUUCCUAUCUCUCUAGUUAUAAUCACAUAUGCAUUGGGUUAUAGAUUUCUUUCUGCAAGUUAAUGACAGGAAUUGGUAUUUUUCUAGAUGUUAACAUUAAUGCUAAGAUCUCUCCCUUCAAAGAAUGACUGGAGCAUAACACAGAAAAGAAAUAACAAGAAAAAAAAGGAAACCUGGGUCCUCUCUGACUUAUACAUAUCACAGUAGAACGUAAGUGAUGUAGGGGUGGCUUUGUUUUGUUUCUGAGAGUGGACACUUCCACUUUCUGGACAUAGAAAAUGCUGUCAGUGUUGUCUUCUGGUUGAGGAAGAAGAAGAGUCACAUGUAUAUGGCUUUCUUACAUCAUUUAGGGUAUUGGUUCUAGUAGACACAGUUGCUCCUUAAAAGCACUGGACUUGGUUCGGCUAUAUUCUAGAAUCUGCUCCUUCACGUUCCUCAUCCAAAACAAGCAAAACAACCUUGCUCUUACAUUAAUUAAUGAAUCAGAGAUCAAGGUAGGAUUUGGGGCUCUUGUUUGUUUUUCUUGAACAGGGUUUCAUUGAAACGUUUAGUGCUAGCUUGGUUUCUGGAGAGGAUUUUUCUAUAAUCAGACCUUAAAAUACAUUUUACUUGUGUUUGUGUGUGUUUAAUAGGACAUGUUUGAAGAAGAGUCCCCAGAGGUCACCUAAGUUGCUCUUGACAUGUUCAAAAGACUACAGAUGUUGCUUUAAAUAACAUGUAAUGGGAUUCUGAGCGCCUGCUGUUUCCAGUCUUUCAGUGGAAUUUUUCUAUUAAAGAUUCUGGAUUAAAGAGAUCAGAAAAGGGGAGAGAAAAAGAUGGCAAGGUGAAGGGGGUUAGAUUUCAAACUUGCAUGGGCUUUCCCAGAGACUUUGAAGCCUAUCAGAGCCCCACAGACAUGUGAACCAAGACGUUAUUUGAACAGCUUGCUUAACAAUGAGCCAGACGGUGAGCCACAUUUUAAAUUGACAAAGUUAGCCCUUGUGGAUACUUUUUAUUCUUUGCCUUUGACCUUAUUGCAUGCCAUAAAUGAAAUAUGGUGGUGUAGGUUUGAAAAGGCCAGAGGCUACGUAUUUAUACCUCUCCAUUGACGGGGGUGGGGUGGGUAUGGAGGGGGGGACCAAGGCAUGAACAAACACAGUGUGUUUAACUCCAUCCAGUUUGCUCAGGCGGCAGUCAUACAAAGGUGCUGUGGUUCUAAUCUGUAACUCUGUUUGGGUAUGAGAUCUUCCUUUGUUAUUUUUAAAUUCUUUUCAUCUUAUUCAGGUAAGCCAUGCAGAAAGGUCAGAUCUGACGAAGUAGCUUGGCUUUAUGUUCACUAUAAAAGGAACUAGAAAAUACUUAAUGUAAGAGAGUCUAUUUUUAAUGUAGAUUUCAUGAUUUAUUCCAUGUGAUUUCUAUUAUGAAUGGCUUCCACUUUGCAAUCAGAUGCAGUCGAAUCUCUGCCUGUGAGUUCAUUUCAAAUAUCCUUAUUUGUCAUACUAGAAAAUGCCAACGUAACCAUCUACAUCAUUUAAUGACCAUGCCAGAUUUCUACAUGAUUAUAUGAGUGAUAGUUGUACAACAUUCCUUUCUGUGUUGCUUGAAAAUUCAUGUGCAAUAUCAUUAACUAAGAGAUAUUAUAAUUCUUCAACAUUAAAUUUUUAAUUACAUUACAUUCAUUUUGCUACAUAGCAUUUAUCAUAUAAUCCAAAUAUGACCAAGUGUGAUGAAAAAUUGUCCUGAAUCUUGAGAAGCCUUGUGAUUAAUCUCUUCACUUUAGUAACUAAGUCUGUAUUGUACUGAUAAUGAGAACUGCAAUGUAUGUAGCCUUGUCCUUUUGAAACUACAAUACCAAAGAAGAGGUCAUAGGAAAUGUCAGCCUUAAAAAAUGGAAA